AGCCUGGUUGGAAGCUACGAGGAGUCCAUCCUUAGCGGCCGAAUGUCCACGCUUCCGUCCAAACCAAUCUCGUUCAUUGCCGAAAUCGGCGUCAUUGGCCUGGCAAAGUGCAAAAGCUCGCUUAAAUGCCCGCCGCACCUGACUCUUCCCUUCCAUGCCUAUUUCUACGAACUGCCUGGGGACGAAAGCCCAUCCACACCGUACGUGGGCACGAUCUACUUGCAGAGCCAGGAGACUGGGGCUGACGGACCCGGCGACGGCAUUGGUAACGGCCACAGUGAAGUACCGGUCCGCGAGGAGCUGACUGUCUUUGAGCCCGAUCACACCCGAUUCAAGGCGAGCGAAGGAUAUCGCCUGCCUGGAAAGGGCCAGCUUCAAGUGAUCAUCAAAAACCAAAGCAGAACUGCCGCCAAGGUUUUCCUGCUCCAGUAUGACUUUCGCGAUAUGCCUCCGAACACCAAGACCUUUCUGCGACAGAAGGUCUACACC